UUCAAGACGGCACCUGAAGGCAUCACAACAAAAUGAAAGCACUCCUACCUACCGAUGGGGUGAUUAAUGUACGGCGUACCCUCUGGAUCUUUACGUCGCUGGUUACGAUGUUUCUCUGCGGCAAAAUUAACGGUCUCUAACAACAAAACUGCGUCUGAAUUCAUGGUGGAAGAAUAACAUGUAGGGACAAAAAAAACAACAGUGUCAGGUGAUUGAACUUCGCAGUGAGCGUAGCAGUCCGUUCCUUCUGGUGUCCGGGUGGAAACAGCAGGUGAUCAUGGGAUCGAUUCCGCUUAUUUAGCUACGGAAGCAGUUGUGGCCCAGAAUGGCUCACAGUGUCAGGAGAGAUUGCCCGGAGCUCCCUGACUUCUUUUUGCUUAAAAGGCUGGCCAGAGAUCAGCUCAUCUAUCUGCUGGAACAGCUGCCGGGGAAGAAGGACCUCUUCAUUGAGCCAGACUUGAUGAGCCCGCUGGAUCGUAUUGCUAAUGUGUCAACCCUAAAGCAACAUGAAGUCGACAAACUCUACAAAGUGGAAUACAAACCUGUUCUCAGCACCUCAGAUCAGCUCUGUUUUCUGAUCCGGCCAAGAAUACAAACUGUCAAAUGGAUAUGUGAUGUGGCCAAUGCAGACAAGGCAGCAGGAAAAUGUAGAAGAUACAAGAUCAUCUUUACCCCUCAGAAGUUCUAUGCGUGUGAGGCGGUGCUGGAGGAGCAGGGGCUGAUUGGUGAUGUGACCACUGAUGAGUGGUCUUUCUAUCUUCUUCCUCUUGACGAGGACAUCAUCAGUCUGGAGCUGCCAGAGUUCUUCCGAGACAACUUCCUGGCGGGGGACCAGCGCUGGGUGAGGACAGCCGGCAGCGCUCUGCACCUCCUUCACUCCCUUUACGGCCCGUUCUCAAAGGUCUACGGGAUUGGUCGAUGUUCUAAGAUGGCGUACGAGUCGUGGAGGGAGCAGGUGGAAGAGGGAGAACAAAGAGCUCAGCAUGCUGAAAUAGGAAAGGUUUUCCUCAUCGACAGAGAUGUGGACUUUGUCACUCCUCUGUGCUCACAAGUUGUCUAUGAAGGUCUCGUGGAUGAUAUAUUUAGAAUCAAAUGUGGAUGUGUGGAGUUUGGACCUGAAGUUACCUCCUCUGACAAAAGUAUGAAAGUCAUGCUGAACUCUCAGGAUAAGGUCUUCAACGAAAUUAGAAACGAGCAUUUCUCCAACGUCUUUGGCUUCCUCAGUCAGAAAGCCAGGAAUCUCCAGACGGCAUAUGAUAAGCGUCGGGGGAUGGACAUAAAGCAGAUGAAGACGUUUGUGUCAGAGGAGCUAAAAGGGUUAAAACAGGAACAUCGGCUUCUUAGCAUGCACAUCGGUGCUAGUGAAGCAAUAAUGAAGAAGAAAACGAAGCAGGACUUUCAGGAGCUGUUAAAGACGGAACACUCUUUACUUGAAGGAUUUGAAAUCCGGGAAAGUAUUUCUUUCAUAGAGGAGCACAUCAACCGACAGGUCUCCAUGAUAGAAAGUCUGAGGCUGCUCUGUCUUCUGUCCAUCACUGAAAACGGACUUCUGCCAAAAGAUUACCGCUCAUUAAAAGCACAGUAUUUACAGAGCUACGGAGUGGAUCACCUGCUCACCUUUGCCAACCUGAGGCAGUUGGGGCUGCUGGUGGAGCAGCAGCCCGGGGAAACACUGACUGUUAUGGAGAGCAAAGUGGGUAAACUGGUCAACGACAAAACUGCAGGAAAGCUGAGUGACGCCUUCUCUUCUCUCGCGAGGAAGAGCAAUUUCAGAGCCCUGAGCCGAAAGCUCAACCUGGUGCCAAAGUCAGAUGAAGAAUAUGACCUGCGUGUCCCACGAGACAUGGCCUACAUCUUCAGCGGUGCAUACGUCCCUCUGAGCUGCAAACUUAUUGAGCAGGUGUUGGAGCGGGACGGUUGGACGGGCCUUGAAGAAGUCACCAGGCUGCUAAAUGGACAUGAAUUCGCUGUUACAGGCAGCAACGGAGCUGAUUCAAAAGCGAAGAACGAUGCUCAGCGCAUCGUCCUCGUCAUGUUCCUCGGUGGCUGCACCUUUUCUGAGAUCUCAGCUCUACGUUUCCUCGGCAGAGAGAGAGGUUAUAAAUUCAUUGUGGUAACAACUGCGAUUACAAGCAGUUCAAGACUCAUCGAGGCUUUGCUGGACAACCAUGUAUGAAGCCUGUCGCAACUAAAAGACAUUCCUGCAGCCGCCUGUCAUACAUUCCCUCCAGCUCACUGGCAUUACAGAUGGAAAAUGUUCCCUUUCUGGUCUGACAAUGAAAGAACUGUAAAGAUGUAUAAUGUGAAUAAAUGUUUUUAACUUG